AUGGUCCUGGUCCCUGAAGUGAAGGACCAAAGCAAGGCGGCAAAGGGCAGGAGAAGGGGCCUGGCGCGGCCCCCAGCCGCCCCUGCCCUCGCCUGGGCCCCAGACGACCCCUAUACCACCAUGGCAGACUACGAGCACAGCAUCCAGGACAUGGUGCGCCAGCUGAGGAACAGCUCUGAGCCAGGCGACACCAAGUGCCAGGUCAACUUGAGGCUCUGGAGGUCCAACCAGAGGAGCCUGUCCCCCUGGGCCUACAGCAUAAACCACGACGCAACGCGGAUCCCGGCAGACAUCCCUGAGGCCCGAUGCCUCUGCACUGGCUGCAUCAACCCCUUCACGAUGCAGGAGGACCGCACCAUGGCCAGCAUUCCCAUCUACAGCCGGCUGCCUGUCCGCCGGCUGCUCUGCCAGGUGCUGGGCGAGGUGGGGCACAAGCCUUCCGGGAAGAAGAAGUGUCAAAAGAAGUACCAGAUGGUCAUGGAGACCAUCGCUGUGGGCUGCACCUGCAUCUUCUGA